AUGCUUCCGUCUCUUCUUCCCGUGCUCCUGCUUUCAGUGCUAGCAGAGGCAUCACCAGGAAAGCGAGCAACCACUGCAUCAGCCUACAGUUCAAACUCAGAUGGCAAUUACAAGCUUUCAUCAAUCGCAGCGCCAGUCCAGGGCAGCGGCAAUCCAGGCUCCGAGUCGACCUGGAAGCUGAGUAUCGAUGAUACAUCCAGCGGGCACAAACAAACAAUCGUGGGCUUUGGAGCCGCUGUCACCGAUGCCACGGUCACCUCCUUCAACACGUUAUCCAGUUCCACGCUGCAACAACUGCUCAAUGAGCUGAUGACUGGCGCUGGUGCUGGAUUCGCUUUGAUGCGCCAUACGAUUGGCGCUUCCGACCUAUCUGGUGACCCAUCGUAUACCUACGACGAUAAUGGGAAGAAUGCGGAUCCAUCGCUGUCCGGUUUUAACCUGGGCGACCGUGGAAAUUCUAUGGCUACGAUGCUGGCUAAGAUGAAAUCCCUUCAGUCGAGUUUGAAGAUUCUUGGUUCACCUUGGAGUGCCCCCGGCUGGAUGAAGCUGAAUGGUGUGAUUGAUGGCGCUGCGACAAACAACAACCUCAAUGAUGGCUACUUGACUAGUGGAGGCACGGGGAGUACUGGAUAUGCCAGUGCCUUUGCGCAAUAUUUCGUCAAGUACAUCCAGGCCUACGAGAAUCUCGGCGCCCACAUCGAUGCGAUUACCAUUCAAAACGAGCCUUUGAACAGCCAAGCCGGAUAUCCCACAAUGUAUGUGUUUGACUAUGAGUCUGCACAGUUGAUCCAGAACUAUAUCGGUCCGGCUCUCGCUCAAGCCGGCCUGAACACUGAUAUCUGGGCAUAUGAUCACAACACUGAUGUGACGUCCUACCCUCAGAACGUCAUCAACGGAGCUAGCAAGUAUGUCGACUCGGUAGCGUGGCAUUGUUAUGCCAGCAAUGUAGACUGGACAGUCCUCACCAAAUUCCACCAGACAAACCCCAACAUCAAGCAAUACAUGACAGAAUGCUGGACCCCGGCAUCUGCAUCAUGGAACCAAGCCGCCGAUUUCACCAUGGGGCCGUUGCAAAAUUGGGCAUCUGGCGUCAUGGCCUGGACACUUGGCACAAAUGAUCAAGAUGGUCCUCAUCUGUCAAGUGGCGGCUGUGCAACCUGUCAAGGUCUGGUGACUAUUGCCAACGGCGGAUAUACUUUCAACCCAGCAUACUAUAUGAUGGCUCAGUUCAGCAAGUUCAUGCCGCCGGGUGCGAUUGUGUUGAGUGGUACCGGAAGCUACACGGAUUCUAAUGGAGGUGUACAAUCUGUUGCUUCGCUGAAUCCAGAUGGAACUCGCACUGUUGUUGUUGAGAACACGUACAGCAAUGAUGUUUACAUUACUUUAUCUACUAACAGUGGCCAGGAGUGGAGUGGCAACAUUCCGAGUCGGUCUGUGACAACCUGGGUGCUUCCUGCGGCAUGA